GUAUAAAAGGCAACCGGCAUAAAACUACGCAUAUAUGGACAUGCGCUGUGCGGUCGCAUAGAUCCCUUUUUUCUGUGUUAUGCUCACAAGAAUUGCUGGCAUCAUGAUCAACCGCCAUGCUCGAUUACCAGUUCAACUUCUUUUGGAUAUCGAUGGUACCCUGUUGAUUGCCCCUUAUCAAAAGAAGUUGCAGGAGUUGAAAAGUAUGAAUCUAAUCUGUACAAGUGACUCUAUUAUCACCCCCGAACACAUUGUUCAACCAUUUCCUUUGUAUGGAAGACAUAUCCAGUAUGUACAGAAUGGGAUGGCGCGGGAGCGCUUUGUGGUGUUGCGGCCAUUUGUUCUCGAGUGUCUCUCCCAGCUGUUGGUCCACCGUCAACUUGACACCCCGCGUGUUCAUGUUCUAGUCUCCCUUUACACGAAACAGUGCGCGGGGUACGCCUCAGCGGUCUGCCAACAACUACUUGAUCCAUUUCUACGGAAAAUUUCGUCUUUGAUACGGUCGCGAUGCAACACAGAAUGCUUUGUGGAUCCGGGACCUAUAAAGGUUCCCUCGUUCUUCAAUCACACAUUUGGAGGAGAGCAUUGUCUAGUUCAUGAAGAUUCCCACAGAGAGGCUGGGGGGUGGCCUAACCCCUCAGAAGGCCAGAGUACUGUCUCUUUGAUGGACACAGUAUGGAUUUCAGGAGGCCAAGGAUGGAAGAAGUCGGUGCGGGUUGUGGAUCAUCCAUUCUCGGCUUUGUUGGUCGACGAUACCGUUGAUAAUUUCAAUCCUUUUGAACUUCAGUCUGGUCGGUGCGUGCUUGUGCCCACUUUCUCUGCCAAGCCCGAAGAAGUGGAUGAGGUGUUUGCAUGCAAUGACGGUACUCAUGAAUCGCUAUAUAAAGAAAUGAAAUCACAACAGAUUGAAGGUAUCGAAAAUACACUAGGCACAAAUCAGCUUUCGCGGGAAACAAUAGUGCCGACAUGCCUCCGAGAGGGGGGGGAGAGACGCAGCAUUAGUCUGUUUCACCUUUUGUCGGAGUUUGUCCAUACAUGUGAUGCGUGCGCAGAAGAGCUGCGUGCGUGUGGUGGACGUAACCUGAAGUUUGACGCGAAAAGUGCAUUCCACGGCGGCGAGCUGCUCCAGUUUAAUUUUUUAACACGUCAAGAGGCUCAGGGCUAUUAUUCAGCGUGGAACAAAUUCCAUGCUGAGCACGAAGAGGAGUUGUCCAGGAUAUUUUCCUUCCACAUAAACUCGACAUAG